AUGGGCCUCGUACACAACCCGAGUCGUCACAACCACAUCCCCAAUCCCAAUCCCAAUCCCAAUCCCAAUCCCAAUCCCAAUCCCAAUCCCAAGCACGAUCCCAAGCACGAUUACCACCGACUUAUCCGUAUAUACAUCCCAAUCCGCAUUCGCAACAACACACGGACCGCUUCAUACCUCCUCACCUAUCCCCUCAGCAACAACAACAACAACAACAACAACAACAACCAUUCACCACUUUUGCACCAGUCCGAGGGCACCUAUCACCCCAAUCUCAAACUCAAACUCAACGCCAGCCCUCCACUUUCGCGCCACCGAGAUCACACGCUCAGACGAGGAAUUUCUCGGACCCCGUGUCGCGAAUGCCACACCUAUCCCCGCAACAACAGCUCCCAUCCACCUUCGCCCCUCACACACAGACGAGAAAUUUCACCGAUCCCGUGUCGAGGUAUGAUUAUCGAGGUGACGCCUACGACGCCGUUCAAGCAGAAGCCACCCGGAACCGACAUCGAUAUCAUCAUUCGGAUCCUCCCAACGAUGCGUACAUUGAACGUGGCGAACGAUAUGAUCCUGGCGCUGUCGUGUAUUCUCAACUACCACAACAGCAAACCCAACCUCAAUCCCCACUACGACCACCACCUCAUCAUCAGACACAGUCCCAUUCCCAGUCCCAACCUAUACACGCACACGCCCCCGCAGAACAGACCCGUCAAUUCGGGUUCGACGACGACGGCCAUGCUCAUGAUCAUGAGCGUCGUCGAUAUGGAGAUGAGUAUGGACAUGGACAUGGAAGGAGGGAGAGGGAACGCGAGUAUCCGUAUGGUGGAUACGCCUCCGCGGACCAAGUUCCACCACAGCGAUAUCGUGUUCCACCCCCUCAACAUGGAUCGCCGUCUCGCGCGCAUACACAAGCUCAAGGCCGUGGACCUGGAGGUACCUAUGACUCCGAUGAGGACGAGGGCGACGUGGAAGAUAACACCUCGCCUAGGAGAGUCGAAGAUCGUGCCCGCGCCCCUGCCCGUUCGUAUAGCUCCAGUUCAAGCGAAGACGAGGAAGAGGCGGGAGGGAGGCGGAUUAGGGACGGAGAGUUUGAGAUUCUGA